AUGCUCCGCCGCAAACCCACCGCGCUAACAAUAACGAGCGAGGACAUCGCGGCGUUCGAAGAAUCCAACCUCCGCAAACUCGCCUACGCCAAGUACCUCAAGACUGGCGAGGACCCAGAGGGAUACUUCCGCAACGGAGGCAGCCUCGAACAACCUGAUACACAGAUGGGAGGCGACCGAGAUGCGACGGGGGGUGGUGCUAUUGAUCCGAAUGACGAGUUGAAACCGCUGCCGGGGGACAAGGCUAGGAUUGUGAGGAGUCGCGAGGAGAGAAUCGUGGGGCCUGCAAGCUCGAGGUGA